GGAAGCACAGGUCCCCUCUUUUCAUCUUGUGCUCGUUGCUCGUUUCCACUUUCUGUGAUUUGAUGUAACUAUAUCGUUCAUUUGGUAUAUUCCGUUCAAUCACUCCCAGGAAAUGCCCUUGACAUUUUGUAUGUUCAUUAUAUUAUUUCUCCUUGGUGUUAUUUCCUCCUCCUCCUCUCCUCUUCCGUCUGGUUCUAUCUGGUCCUCUCCUCUCCUCUCCUCCCCUCUCCUCUACUACUAUUCUCCUCCUCUCCUCCUCUCCCUCUGCCAUCCCCUCUCUCCCCAAAUCCCUCCUUCAAUUCAUCAUCCUGCAUGAUUGGCGAAGAAACAUUGCAUCUCUCCAUCUCUCCAUCUCCACUCGCCAUCAAAUGAAUCGGUAGUCGUCAUAUUGCCCGUGCUUUUCACCACACUUACGUCUUACCCAUACUUCUUUCGACUCGCAAGCAAAGUCAAUCAAUCACGAUUGUGACAUGAAACUUUAAAGAGAUUUUCCGAGGAGACGCGCGACGCCAUUCAUUCAUUCAUUCAUUCAUUCAUUCAUUUGUCCAUUUGUCCAUCAGUUGUCCAUCAUUUAUUCAUCAUUUAUUCAUCCGUUCUUCGUUCUCAUCUCUCACUCUUCUCCUUUCUCUCCAUCCCUUCUCCACUUAAUUGCAGCUGUCAACGCGGCACCCUCACACUAGAAAGUAGCAGGAGAGGACGGACGGACGAGCGAACGAACGAACGAACGAACGAACGAACGAACGAACGAACAAUCUUGACCCCCCCCUCCCCCCCCCCCCAUCAUCUUUGCGGGAAAUCAUACACUUUCCUAUUCUCUACCUUCUUUUCUUUCUCUUUUCCAUCGUGGUAACCUGAAACCACUUUCUCAAACGUCCCUUUUCAAACAUUGUCUUUCUUUUCCACGCCACCCUUUCCCAUUUCAGUUAGGUUUUCACACAACAUCUAGUCUACCCGAUCCUCCCGCAAACGCCACGCCAUCUCAUUCAUAGCUUCGGCUCAUCGCGAAUUUCCAAGCUAUCCAAUCCAAUCCCAUCCUCUCCACUCGCAAUCAGGGUCCAGAUUCAAUAUCGAACAUUUCAAUUGCCAUUACGAUUGCGAUUGCGAUAUCCAUUUUCAUUUCGUCAAUUCGUCAAUUGGUCAAUUGCUCGAAAAUCUAUUCAACUUCUCUCCCUUUCCCUUUCCCUCCCUUUCUCUCACAAUCAAUCACACAUCCUCAUUGAAGAAUGCCAGUAUCGUCACCUAUUCUGAUGGCUUAUCCUGGCCCUCCGAGAAGAGCUGGAGGCUUCAUCCGAUAUAUCAUUGGCGCCAUAGGAAUCCUUCUCCUGGUCUUGUACUUUAGAAGUUCGUCGGAAGCGUCAUCUUUCACAUAUAUAACCCCCACAGUCCCUGAUCCUCCAAAAUCCACAUUAUCUCCCACGCCAUACGCGGAAUCUUCUUCUAACAAUGAAUUACCCAUUUCCAAACCAAACCAAGAGCAUCCGAUCGAUACUUUAAUCGCCAAUGCAGAAAAGACUUUUGAAGAAUUGUUGCAAAAAGAAAGUCAUGAUGUUAAUGCCGCCGCUGCAGAAUAUCGCAAACGACGAGGGAGACAUCCACCUCCAGGAUUUGAUGCGUGGUUUAAAUUCGCUCAAGACAAUAAUGCCGUCAUGGUGGAGGAUUUCUUUGAUCAGAUAUAUCAUGAUCUAGGUCCAUACUGGGGAGUGACGCCCGCAAGGAUGAGAACACAAGCUAGAGAUGCUGGCAUGGUUAUCAGUAUUCGAAAUGGCAAUGCAACGGCAGAUAGUGAUUGGUUCUGGACACAGAUUUGGUUGCAAUUGAUUGGAACCAUACAAAAAGAUUUGCCAGAUAUGGACAUUCCACUCAAUGCUAUGGAUGAACCAAGAAUGGUGGCUCAGUGGGAAUUGAUUAAUGCGAAUAUGGAAGUUGAGAGAGCGACGAGGCAACUUGCAGAUAUCAAUGUAGUAUCUCAGGAUUAUGAAAGUUUGCCAGCUCCAAGACGUUCUGGAAGUGGAGAGCCAGACGCUCCUAGAAGAGAGUGGGAAACUUCAGGUCCGUAUUGGAAAAUUGCUACCAGAGGUUGUCAUCCAGAUAGUCUUGCACGUCGAGCGGAAGUUAUGACUGACUUUUCGAAAACGCCUGCUAUUUCGAUGGGCCAUUCUUCUUUACAUACUUUUAAAGGUUAUGUUUCGAAUUACAGUCUCUCGGCCGAUUUUUGUCAUCAACCAGAUUUGCAAUCUCUUCAUGGAAUGAUGAUAAAUCCUCUCUCGAUCUCUUCCACUCAAGAAUUGUAUCCUCUGUUCGGUGGUUCCAAACUUCCAACGAAUAACGAAAUUUUAUUACCAGCACCCAUGUAUUGGGUAAAAGAAGAGAGAUUUACAGGUGGUGAUGAUCAUGGGGUUCCGUGGCACGCAAAAUUAGAUAAAGCCAUUUGGAGAGGUGUCGCUACAGGAGGACGAAACAGAGAAGAUAAUUGGAAAGGAUUCCAACGACAUCGCUUCGUCUCCAUGACAAAUCACACAUCAGUAUCUCGAGCCGAAUCGUGGGAAGCGAUCCCUCCCAAUUUCGCUCUUCCAACUUCGAUUUACAACAUUGGUGCACAACAAGAAAAUAGAUUGGGAGAUUGGGUAAAUGAAUGGGCUGAUACAGCAUUUAUCGAAUUGAUGUGUGAUGAAGACAGAAAAGAUGGAACUUGUCCUUAUACAGAUCCAUAUUUCUCGAUUAAGGAAGGACAGAAAAUGAGUCAACAAUUCAAAAAUAAGUAUAUUCCUGAUAUUGAUGGCAAUUCUUUCUCGGGAAGAUAUCGGGGAUUCCUACUUUCUUCGAGUCUACCAAUCAAAGCGACUAUUUUCCGCGAAUGGCACGAUUCACGACUUAUUGCCUGGAAGCAUUUCGUACCGAUGGAUAAUCGAUAUAUGGAUUUUUAUGGUAUCAUGCAAUAUUUCCUAGGUUAUGAAGGAGAUAACUUUCGAAUUGAAGGACACGAUAAAGAGGCGGAGAGAAUUGCAAUGGCAGGACAAGAGUGGGCCAAUAAAGUAUUAAGGAGAGAGGAUAUGCAGAUUUAUGUUUUGAGGUUAUUGUUGGAGUACGCACGCGUCUCUAAUGAUAAUAGAGCGAAUUUGGGAUUCGUAAAGGAUCUCUUGUGAUGAGACUUUGUAAAGAGGGGUAGGGGAAAGAUGGUUGAUGGAGUGGGGUGAAGAGGUUUCUUCGACUCUGUUUCGAUUUAUGGACUAGGGCUUUCAUUCUUUUCGGCUGGGAAACAUGACUGGCAUAGGGAAUUGUAUGUGCAUGGCAUGCAAAAUUGUGUUUUUGAGGAAUUUAAAGCGGGUGGCGAAUGGUGUAAUGGGAAAUGACUCAAAAAAUGAGACGGGGCGUUUUUUUUUUUUUUUUUUUGGUAUUGAAAUUCGGGAAACUUGAAAAAGGGUUUUUAGACCGAAAAGAUGAGGAUGGUGGAUAGAGAAGAAGAUAAACGGGUGAAGAAGUUAAGAGGGAUGUGUGUGUGUGUCUUGAAUUUUGAGCGAGGAUUUUCUUUUUAUGAUGAGCGAAAAUAGGCGAAAAUUAAGGAGGAAAUGAGUACUGUACUGUACUUGGUGUGAAUAUACCCA